AUGGCAGAUAAGUUGACUGUUAGUUAUGGUUUGUUGCUUCCACAUUCUAAAAGUGUUCAAGAUACUCAUAUUUUGCCGAUUGCAAAGAUUUUGGAUGGGGAUGGUGAGAAUGGUAAAUUUCUAUUAACCUGUGGUAGAGAUGGUUCAGUUAUCAGACAUGAAUAUGACCUUAAUGGUGAUUUAAUUAACUGUAAGAAACUUCAAGCUCAUAGUGAUUGGGUCACUGAUGUUAUUGAGGUUAAUUCCAAUCAGUUUAUUACUGUCAGUCAUGAUUUUUCAAUUGUAUUGCAUACUUUAAAUUUGAAUUUGGAUAUUUGGGAAACGAAAAUUAUUGGUGAUCAUGAUGACUAUAUUAAAUGUAUCGUUCGUAUUAAUGAUUUCAGUUCUGAUUCUUUCAUCUUUGCCACUGCUGGGUUGGAUAGAAAAGUCAAAAUUUGGUCCUUGAAUGAUUCUGAAUCAAAAUUAUUACAUACGUUCACCAACGAACAAAAAAAUGAAACUGGUUCAAUUUAUACUCUCACGUCUUUAAAUGAUCCUCUGAUGCCCUUUGAUCUGGUUGCUGGUGAUAACAAUGGUGAUUUGAUAUUAUAUUCUUGUAGGAACUUUAUCGAGACAGGUAGAAUCAAAAGAGCCCAUAAGACUAAUAUUAAAUGUAUUAAAGCGAUAGAUAAUUCAACAAAAUUGUUUAGUACUAGUUCUGAUGGUGUAAUAAGAAUAUGGAGUAUUCUUAGUGAAGAUGAAUAUAUACCCAAAAAAUUGACUACUUGGGAUUGGGGCUGUCCAAUUUGGUGUAUUCAUUAUCAAAGUUUGAGUGAAUUAUUCAUUGGUGAUUCUGAAGGUAAAAUAAGUAAAGUGGAUCUGACAAUAGUUCAAAAUGCAACAACUGUAACGGUAUUCGAUGGGGCAAAAUAUUUAACUAAUAGUUAUGGUUUACAGAAAACUGAAGAACAAGAUGAUAAAAAAUCUACUAAAAAAUUUCAUAAUGGGAUAUUAAGUUUAUGCUUUCUACCAACAUCAAAAAGUUUAUUUUUUUCAUUUCCUUCCAAUUCUAAUUUAAAUAAAUUAGAUUUAACAACAAAUGGGUUAUCUAUAAUAGAAGGUGGUUUUGCAUUAACAAGAAGUUCCCUUUUAACAAAUAGAAGACAUGUAAUUACAGAAAAUACGAGAGGAGAAAUUCAAAGAUGGGAUAUUAUUUCGUGUAAGCUUUUGAAUACAUUGGAUUCUUCAGAAGGCACUUUUGAUGAGGUUGUAGUUAAAUAUACUUCAAAGGAAAUUUUGUCUCACUGGUGUUCUGUAUCGAUCAAAGUGGGAUUAUUAUUUGUUAAACUAAAUACAAAAUUUAUGGACACUGAAGUUUAUGGAUCUGCAUUAGAAAAGUAUGAUAUAAUUAAUGGUGUUGGAUUAAAUACAGAUGAAAGAUAUAAUUUGGGUAAAAUCAUGGUAAAUUCUUUAUUUAACGAGUUUAUGAAAUUCGAAGUUCAAAAGGAUAAGUUACUGCGAGAACAUAUUGUAGCUAAAAAGAAAGAAUCUCUGUUUAGUCUCCAAAAAGAUAAUGAAGGUAUUUCUACUUCAUCUUUGGAGAUUGAUACUACACCAGAAAAGAAAUCAAAGGACAAGAAACGUUUAUCUCAUUUUAUGAAAUUUGGUUUGGGUUCUCCUACAAGUUCUUCACCUAAUAGUAGUAAUGUAUUAGAAAAUUAUAAUUUGAGUAGCAGUCAAAUGCUAUCUGAAGAUAGUGAAAACAUAGUUCUAGAAGAACAAAAAUCAAAUAUCCCAUCAACAAUGACUUCUGCAAUGGCGUCCACAGACAAGCUUAAUGAAGAUUCUAAUUUAUCUAAGGGUGCCGAAAACCGUCCAGCUAGUAGUGGAUCUAUAUUGAAUCGUAAGUUAAAAAUAUUUGGAUCUGCAUCUAAAAUUCCAAUGAUGGCACAAUUGCCAUCUACUCAAGCAUUACCUGAGGGUUAUAGGACUCCAGAAGCAUCUUUUAAUGAUUCAUAUGCAGAAAAUGAUGAGUCUUCAAAAGUCCCAAAUUCUGCUAAUUCCUCAAUGUUGCUUGGCACUCAAUCGCCAUUUCAACAACCAUUAGGGGCCAAUAGACCAAAAGUUUAUGAAACUAAUAAUGAUAGUAAAAUAGGAGGUAUCUCUGUGACAACAAAGGAAGUUACUUCAAAAGAAGAGUAUAUGGUUGAUUUGCUGGGUGAGAUAGAAGAGAAAUAUAAGAAUCAGUAUAACUCAAACUCAUCAUCUUUGAAAUUACUCACUAGAAAGUUACCUGAAUCUAAAAUUAUUAGAGAUAUGGACUCCCCAAUCUUAAAGAUUAAGCAUGGUGCAUUAUUAGUAGUUCAUAGUUGGGGCGAAAAUGCAUGCGGUGGUAGAGUCUUAUUUUCUACAUUCUUGCCUACAUCAGGUAAUGGAGAAGAAGUAGAAGAUAAAGAAGGUCAAUUCGAUGAAGAUGAAUUGACACGACAAGAAGCCGGAAGUGAUGAAUUCAGUGAAUUUGAUUACGUUGAUUAUGAUUACGGAAGUGGUAUGAGUAGAAGACAGAUAUUCGAACAGUUAGAGAACAAUUUGCCAUAUUGGUUUGCCAGAGCAUUGAUGCAAGACACUAAAAAUGCAAGCGAGCAAACAAAAUUAAGUUUCAGUAUCUCUGUAUGGCAAGCCCAAGAUGAUAUUCAUGAAGAUAAAAGCAAGACUCAAUCAAACGAAGAAAACUUAAACGCACCAGCCAAAUCAUCAUCAUACCAUUUGUUGAAAUUUGGUAGAAGCAAACAAACAGAACAAGUUCUGGGGGCAUCCGAUCUACCAAAAGUACCAGAUUACAACACUAAAUUAGUUGCACCAAACAUGAUUAAAGUUAAAAAAAUUAAAGCUUUUAUAGUCGAAAGAUUCGAAAGCAAGACACCAGAAAUGAAAUCAAAAAUUGAUGCUAAGGACUGGUUAGAACUAUUAUGCAAGGGACAAGUUCUAGACGAUGAUAUGACAUUGAAUACGGUAAGAACAUUAUAUUGGAAGUCGCAAGGAGAAAUCGCUCUAAAAUACAGAAGAAAAACUACAUCCAUUGGAUCACCAUUGACAGCAAGUUUGACACCAGAGGAAAGCUAA